AAGAGGCAAGCAGGGGCAUCAACUCAGAAGCCAAAGAGAAAGACCCAAGCUCCACCUUACCUCAAAGACUUUGUGCCCAAGUAAAGGAUCGGAGGAGUAGAUAAGUUGCUAUUGCUGAGUUCACUGUCUAAUUGAUCCUUCAUUUGCUGUCUAGCUGAUUGAUCAUUUUACAGGUUAUAUUCAUAUGGCUGCAGUCUAAUUGAUUCUUCAUUACACUAUGGAUGCUGUUGUAGCUUUUAGAACCUAAAGUUGAUACGCGCACGUGAUACUGCUUCAAUUGAAAAAUAUGCAGAAGUCUGAUUGACUCGGCUAGAACCCCAUGCAAAAUUGCAAAUGAUGAACCCCAGUUUCUGUUAGGGGACUUUCAUGAUAUUACGAACCUGCAUUCCUCUAUGGAGUAUGGACUACUACCCGGUGUUUAUAUAUACGGUGUUUUCAUCCAUGCAUGAUUUGUUUAUUCUGAGACGGUGUCUUUUUGUUCGAAGAGAAUCCGAGACAAAGUCUUGGUAAUUGACUUGCAGCUGCUAAUAAAUCAAUUAGCUAAUAUUCAGUCAAUCGCCAACUUUGAAUAAUCAAACUGGGAGACUGACUCAUUGACUAGUAGCAGCUGAGACGAUGCCGACAUGCCUGAUUUAAUCAAUUAGUGCAAGCAGCAAGCAUGUCUUUUUCAUUGACGACCACAAAUAGGAUUAAGAUCGAUAUUGUUUUAACACUAAUCAAGUCGGUCUCUGUGACGUGGUUGAAAAGUAUAGAGAUGAGGGCUUCCAUAUAAAUAGCGAUAGAGAUUCAAACUGAUGAAUGUGCAGCGGAAAAGAUACAUCUUUGAGGAAAUGGUUUUGCCUGAACCUGCAUUUGACCUCUGAUAUAUAUACUUUCCGGCAAGUUCGAUCUCUUCAAUCUCUAGCUGAGUACGUCCCGAUUAGAAUUAGUCUCUCUUCACAGUACUUGUUUUGCAUGCUCUUCGUUGCUGAAUACCGGCCAAUAGGUAAUUACAAUAGGCAAUGGCGGAGCCAAUGUAAGACCAGUGGGGGCCUUGCCCCCAGUAAAAUAUUGAAAUCUGUUGAUUAACCUUCUUUGUAGAUAGGUUAUCAAUAAUUCAAUAUAUAUGGCUUCUUCCUCUUCUGCUGUUGCUGCUGCUGCUGUUCAUGAACUCCUUCGAGACAAGUAUGAUGUCUUUCUUAGUUUUAGAGGUCUAGACACGCGCCAGACGUUUACCGAAGAUCUUUAUCAGGGUUUAACUUGGAAGAAGAUUGAUACCUUUAUCUAUGAUAGACUUGAAGUAGGAGCUGAAAUUGAAUAUGCUCUGGAGGCAGCAAUCGAGAAGUCAAAGAUUUCGAUAAUUGUUUUCUCACAAGGCUACGCCUCUUCUAGGUGGUGCUUGGAUGAACUUGUGCACAUACUGAAAUGCAAGAAAAGAUAUGGACGGACUGUUGUACCUGUGUUUUACGAGAUAGAGCCGUCAGUUGUACGGAAACAAGAGAAGAGUUAUGCAGAUGCAUUUGUGAAAUAUGAAAAAAGUUUCAAGUACCACAUGGACAAGGUGCUCAUUUGGAGGGAUGCUCUGUCAGCUGCAGCCGCCCUAUCUGGAUAUCAUACACAAAAAUACAGUCCGGAGUCUGCAUUUGUUUACACAAUUGUCGAAGAAACUUGGGAGAAAUUGGAUUGUAUCUCGUCAACUAAAUCGAGGGACCUCUUUGGGAUUGAAAGGCAGCUUCUUCAUCAACAAAUUGAAUUGUUAUUAUCCAUUCAAGCACAAGAUGUUCCGGUUAUGAAUACUUCUGGUGCUGCACAUGUACUCCCUCGAGACCAGUAUGAUGUCUUUCUCAGUUUUAGAGGUUCAGACACACGCCGGACAUUUACUGGCGAUCUUUAUCAGGGUUUAACUUGGAAGAAUAUUGAUACCUAUAUUGAUAAUAGACUCGAAAGAGGAGAUGAAAUUGAAUGUUCCCUGGAGGAAGCAAUUGAGCAAUCAAAGAUUUCGAUAAUUGUUUUCUCACAAGACUACGCUUCUUCUAGGUGGUGCUUGGAUGAACUUGUGCACAUACUGAAAUGCAAGAAAAGAUAUGGACGGAUUGUCAUACCUGUGUUUUACGAGAUAGAUCCGUCAGUUGUACGGAAACAAGAGAAGAGUUAUGCAGAUGCAUUUGUAGAACAUGAAAAAAAAUUCAAGAACAACAUAGACAAAGUGCUCAUUUGGAAGGAUGCUUUGUCAGCUGCAGCCGGUCUGUAUGGGUAUCAUAUACAAAAAUACAGUCCCGAGUCUGCAUAUGUUUACACAAUUGUCAAAGAAGUUUGGGAGAAAUUGAAUCGUACUUUGUCAACUAAAUCGAGAGACCUCUUUGGGAAUUUAAGUCAUGAUCAAGCACAACAUGUUAUGAAACGCAAUGAGGAAUUGCAACAACAAAUUUCAACUUCAGAGACUCCAAUUUUGGAAGCAAAUUCUUGGACUGCUAUAGCCACAUCAAGCAGCUUGGAGAUCGAGAACCAAGACUAUAGAAUUCCAACAAUGGCAAUGUCAUCAGCAGCCACAGAGCAGACCACUUCGAUGAUAAGCAACGAUGAGCAUCACACCCCGACUAGUGGUUCUGGUGCAUCUUCUAGUCCAAAGCUAUUAACAGAAGAAAAUCUAGACCGCUUUGUUGAAGAACCAGAGUCUGAGAGUGCAGCGGUUGCAGUUGCUAGAAGUACUCUGAGAAACAUCUCCCAAUCUCAUUUUAGUGAUGGAAUACUCCUCAGCAAGAUAAGCGAAGCUUGCAGUACUCUUUCUAGAAUCGCUACUAAAGAAGAAGAAGAGAUCAUCAAGACUCUAGAAGAACUUCUAGCCUCCUUGCCUGAAGCUCUGAAUCAACUCAAAGAAGAAGAAGAAAUUAAUCUUCAAGCGACACGCGCAAGGAAUGAUCUGGCUGAUCAGUUAUCAGCAAAGAAUCAAGCGCUCCAAAAACAUAAUCCAAUCCUUCAUCAGUGUAAUGCAGACAUCCAAUCAUUGGAGGUCAAGAUUUCUGCCCUUCAAGCUCAACUUGCUACUAAGAAGAUGGAGAAAUCCAACAUGAUGCAAAUAGUGGAAGCAGACCAGAGAGCUUCUAGAGAACUGUCUGAUUCGCUAGAUCAAGCAAAAAUGAUAGCGAAGCAAGCAGAAAACAAAGCUAAAGCACAAAAGGAAGCCUUCGAAGUUCUCUGUCGCAAAAUAGGCUCAUUGGGACACAAAAUAUAGGCCCUUGUAAUCUAAUUUCAUUUUGAACCUCCAUUUAGAUCAUCAAACCAUCCUACCCUGAACCACAACAAGCACCACCGUUUUAACACCUUUUAGGUUUGAAGCUUUGUGGAUGAUACACUCCAACUUCGAAUUCUUUUGUCAGAAUAGGAAGUGGAAUCGUGAC